CUAACACUUCUACGCUAGAUGGUAGAUGCUCAACUCCCUUUUAAAACGUGUUAUCUCCUCCCCACUUUUCCAUUUAUUUCUCUACCCCCCAACUCCAACCCCAACCCCACCUCUCUCUUUUCCCUUCACUCCCUGCACGCUUCACAGUUUAGCUGUCCCCCGUGACUCUCGUUAAUUACCAUCGGCGUCUCCACGGCACCCAACUUACAUAUUCUUAUAAUUAUUAAUUUAAUAUUACUAUACUCUCUCUCUCCUCUCUCUCUCUCUCUCUCUCAUCGUCACCGUCUUGUCGUCGUCGUCGUCGUCGCCGCUGCGGCCGCCAUUGUUCUCUUGUGAAUGAAUGGGGAAGAAGGGGGGGAGUUGGUUUUCGACCGUUAAGAAGGUCUUCAAACCCGCCUCCAAAGAUCACAACAAACGAGGAGAGGAGGAAGAGGGGAAAAACAAUGAGACGGUGGAGAUAGUGUCGGUCGAGCACUUCCCGGCGGAGACGUCGCCGGAUGCGACGAACGAAGUUGGCGGAAUGACGGACGGGGAGGAGGAGGAGGAGACGGAGCACGCGAUGGCAGUGGCGGCUGCGACGGCGGCAGCGGCGGAGGCUGCUGUGGCUGCUGCGCAGGCCGCGGCGAAGGUGGUCAGGCUCGCAGGGUAUGGACGGAUGUCGAGGGAGGAGAAGGCCGCCGUGCGCAUCCAGUCGUACUAUAGGGGUUAUCUGGCCCGGCGAGCGCUACGGGCACUGCGGGGGCUGGUGCGGCUGCAAGCGCUGGUGCGGGGGCACCAGGUCCGAAAGCAGGCCCAGAUGACGAUGCGCUGCAUGCAGGCCCUCGUUCGUGUCCAGGCCCGUGUUCGCGCCCGGCGCCUCCACCACCUCAUCUCAUCCUCCAAUUCUCACCAUUCACACCCCAAUCCCAAACUGGCAAGCCACCGCGCCAAUCGCGACGACACCCAUCGCCACCAACAUAACUACAAACCAGUUUACGAGGAUUUCGACGCGGCGGAGGACGAAGAGCCGGUAGUCAGCAAUAGUUACUAUCCUGCUAAAAUCACCGACUUGACGUUCGGAGAGUGGGACGGGCGCAACCAGAGCCUGGAGGCCGUCAAAGCCGACUCGCGGCACAAGCAUGAUGCCCUCGUCCGCCGUGAGCGCGCCCUCGCCUAUGCCUAUACUUGUCAGAUGCAGCAGCAAUGGGGCUGGAACUGGCUGGAGCGCUGGAUGUCCAUACAGCAGCAAUGGCCGGACGCUACCAUAGCAGCAGCCGCUGCCGCGGCGCAUGCUGCAGUGGGUAACUCCUACGUAAUUACCGACGAAUUAUCCGAAAAGACCGUCGAGAUGGACCCCGCGGCAACCGGCAGCAGCAACUCAACGUCUAACCCGGUCCGGUUCGACGCUUCGCGACCGCCACCACCGCCGGUAGUCCCCAGCUACAUGGCGGCCACUGUGUCAGCCCGGGCCAAGGCCCGGCCCAAUAUGCAAUUGAGAAAUCUGUCCGGCCCGGGAGCGCCCAAUAGCAGCUUUGGCUGUGGCGGUGGCGGUACCGACUCGUCAAGCUCCGGUGGACGGACGUCGGCGACGAUGAGCAAUGCCGGUUUUGCGGGGCUACGCGUGCAUGCGCAGCGGAAAGCCGGGUACAGUCCUGACCGCUCAAGCUGCGGCGGUGGCGGCGGCGACAGGACGCCGCCCCCGUUUUGCGCGCGGGACAAGAGAUCUGUCUAUGGAUGAGAAAUUUGGCUGGCAUACUAGUCACUAUUAUUAUGAGAAUUAAUAUCCACUUAUGAUGAUAUAUUUAUUCUCUCCCGUUAAGUAUUUGUUUCGUGGUGACAUGUUUCGUUUAUCUUGUGAUACAAAACCUUGAGUUUACAUUCAAAGAUUGUGAGUGUAAUGGUGUUGUAAUCUGUAAAUUAUUUUCAAGUACAUAUUGUGACGAGGUAAA